UACACUCCUCCUCUCUCUAGCCUACAUUGAGCCAGUUCUUCUCUGUAAUAAAGGAGAGCGAGGACGCCGCUGGUGUUGUCAACAUGUGGACGUGUCUCUAUCUCGUGUUUGAAUCGUGAAGGAUUCACGCGGACGUAUGGAUACGGUCGGCGGCGACAACCUGCGGAGACGCACGAGGAGCGCGCGAGCCUUCUGCAGACAACAAAUCGGAGCGCGAGCCGACGAGUCCAACGUGCUGCGCUGCCUCAGCGUGGGAAACACGGAAGAGGACCAUGACAUGAAGGGGGACACCGGCCUCUACAAGCAGGACAACCUGGGGCUGAGGGUCAUGGCGCCCCGCUACAGCCUGCUGCGGGAGGUGGGGAGGGGUACAUACGGCGUGGUGUACGAAGCGGUGGCGCGGAGAUCCGGCGCUAAAGUCGCCGUGAAGAAACUGCGAUGCGAUGCGCCGGAAAAUGUGGAGCUCGCCCUGCAGGAGUUCUGGGCGCUGGCAAGUCUGGAGAAACGGCACCAGAAUGUGGUGCAGCUGGAGGAGUGUGUGCUGCAGAGGAACGGUAUGGCCCAGAAAAUGAGCCACGGGAACAAACGGUCCAAACAGUACCUGCGACUGGUGGAGACUUCACUGAAAGGUGAGAGAGUGCUCGGCCCUCCAGAGGAGCCGUGUUACCUCUGGUUCGUCAUGGAGUUCUGUGAAGGCGGCGACCUCAACCAGUUCAUCCUGUCCCGGCGGCCCGACUCGCGAACCAACAACAGCUUCAUGCUCCAGCUGACCAGUGCUGUCGCCUUCCUGCAUGAAAACAACAUCGUCCACAGAGAUCUCAAACCCGACAACAUCCUCAUCUCAGAGAAGUCAGGUGCUCCGGUUCUCAAGGUGGCCGACUUUGGCCUCAGUAAAGUUUGCGCCGGUUUAGGAAAUGCCAGCGAGGGCAAGGUUGGUGAAGACAAGAAUAAAAACAUCAAUGUCAACAAGUUUUGGCUGUCGUCAGCCUGUGGCUCAGACUUCUAUAUGGCUCCCGAGGUGUGGGAGGGCCACUACACAGCCAAGGCUGACAUAUUUGCCCUAGGCAUCAUCAUCUGGGCCAUGCUGGAGAGAAUUACUUUCAUUGAUGCUGAGUCUAAGCGGGAGCUGCUGGGUACAUAUGUGAGGCAAGGAGCAGACAUUGUGCCGGUGGGUGAGGCACUGCUAGAGAACCCAAAGAUGGUACUGGACAUCCCACAGAAACGCAGGUCGUGCAUGUCCGACGGAGUGAGGAAGCUGCUGCAGGACAUGCUCGCCGUCAACCCUCAGGACCGGCCCAACGCUUCAGAGCUGCAGGCCAGAAUGGACCAGGUUAUGUGUGCUGCAUGACCCUCAACCAGAUGGUUUUACAGAUUUGUGACUCUACCUGGAGCUGCUACAUCAGCAAGGGUCUCCUGUUUUAAUCUGAAGAAUGUGAAGAUAAGGGAGAAGCAAGGGAGAGCAAUUACUCCUGAAGUCUGGAUGCUGAAAUGGGAUUUUUGUUUACAGUGAAGUCAUCUGCCACUUCUGCUAGAGAAUGUUUGUCUUGCCUUCAAUAUUACGAUAAAGCAAGAAACAUUAGGUCUGCUGCUCGGCGUGAAGCUUGAGGAAACUGAUGUACUGAUCGAUUGAAGGGAGAGUUCUGGAGAAAUUCCCAUCAGAGAACAUGAGUUAGUGGCACUGUGCCAAGGCCGGUGUAGUGACUGACUCUAAACCGAAGCCACAGCAUUAGUUUAAAUAUGUGUGUGUGUGUGUUCACAGGGGUGAACGUCUCCAUGUGUCUGGCACUUUGGUUAUAUUUAAUGAAAACACUGUGACAUCCUCUUGUUUCUUGUGAGUUUCUGUUAUUUUGUCUAAAACGUCAGUCAAGUCUGGUCUGUCAGAUGUUUUACGUUGCUGACAGUUAGGGUUGUUCCACAUGCUUACCUGUCUUGUGUUGGUGUACUUCCUGUUGUUUGCCUGCGAUCUAGUAAACAGACUGCCACGUGUUCUCAGUGAGAUUUGACAGCUUUAUGUGAUGGUAGAAAACAGUGUCAGCUGCCCCUUUUCUGUUACUGGAGCUCAGUUUCUCCAGACAUCUGUUGGUUUACACUGAGGUAUUAGAGUCAUGGUUAGUUAUUAGCAGUGUGUCAUAUGUGGGAAAUCCAUUGCCAUGGGAUAUGUAACUCUUUAUUACGAUAUAUAUCGCAAUAUAAUCAGUUCAGUUGAGGCCAUUUGGGCUAAGCCCUGAAUCAGAUACUUGCAAAAAUCUUGUAUAUUCUGUCAUAAAGUAGUCAUGCUUAUUGAUUUGCAGCAUUGCCCACAAUGCCCUCCUGCAUCCAAAGCUUUUAAAGUAAUAGUUAGCUAGUAUAAACUAGAGCAGAAUUAAUAAUGCCUGACAGAUUUCUAAAGUGUCCCAGUAAAAAUAGUCAUAUCCCGUCAAAUAAUCGUCAUAUAGAUAAUUCUAUAUAUUUGUGGCCUGGGUUUUGUUUUUUGUUUGCAUUGUUAACAGCCUAACUCCUUUCCUCAGCCACCUUUCUGUGGUCCACAUCAGUGUUGCUAACGGUCCUUCUAUUCAGUGCUCAAAUACACAUCCUCAGUGAAAUGCAGUUAGCAGACCAGCUUUCACUGAAGAUGGAGAGUAAUUUCAGUUAGUUGUUGGAGUUUCUCCUGAACAUGUUUGAUACAAUUUUUGUCGCCACAAAUGCAAAAGCUAGGAAGGUAAACCCAGGUCAGAUUUAAGACAAAUUGAAGUUUAGGAGCGCAUUUUUUGUUUUUAAUUGCCCCUUUUUGGUCAUAAAAGGUCAAUUUGAAACACUCUUUACAAACUGAAGUGUGUUAAUUAAUACAUUAAUACAUUGUGAAAAGCUAUAUGAGCAGAAAUGUCUCAAACUAGAAAUGCCUGUGAUAGAGUGAAUGUUAGUUCUAAUAAGGAGUGUAACUGGAUAAUUUCUACCCCCACUUUGCCUUUUGAAAGCCAGUGUGAAGAGCAGGUCGUGGGCACAUUAUUCCUUUUUAUUUUCCACUAAUCUAAUUCUUUAUACCUAUGGUGCCUUUAAAUUGCUAGUCAGGUAAAAUUUGGCUCAAGGUCAGCUGCUGUAUUGUUCUUUGAUUUGGCACUCCAAAUCCUUAUUCAGGGUAUAUGGUCUUGAUGAUUUCCUUUCUUCAGUGUUUAGAGUGUAAUUAUGGAUGAGGACCGAUGCACGUAAUUUGCCCUAAGAAAAAUGUUUUUUUUUUUAAAUUGCCAUGUGAUCAUUUUUACAUUUUACUGUGGACCAUUUACUUGGGGGGUAAAAUCAUAAUUUUAAAGGGAAUGAUGUUUGAACAGCCAUGUUCUGGGAGUGCAGUUAUUUCAUACUCUUAAGGUUGCGUUGAAGGUCUGAACUGCGAUGAGCAGGUUUUGUUUCUUGUUGAGAAGUAAUCACUCUAAAUGUAAAAAUCAGGCCUGUUGUGAGAUGUAACUGUGCCUGCGAUCAAAAGUGGAAUGCGAAAAAUAAGGAGUGUGGAGGCAUUUUGGAUCAUUUGUACAGCUGUUGUAACUGUUCUCGCCCUGAAACCAAAAGUCAGCAGCUGAAUGAUUUCUCCUUAAGUCUGUCGUAUGUUGAACUGAACUGGGACCCUGAGUGAUUGAACAGAAUCCCGUUUCUUUGUGAUUAUACUACCUCAUGUUUCUGCACAUGUUCACCUUUUCUUUAAUGAGCCAUCGUUUCAUUUUUUCCGACAGACAUUCCUCAGCUAGAGACGAAACCCGGCAGAUUUCAGAGCGACGGCUUUAUGUUUCACAUCAUCACAGUGUGCGUGGGUGUGUGCAGUUUCCCUUCGAUUGUAAAUGCAUCACAUGGGUUUGGAAUAAGCUUUUGACUGCUGUCAGUUGCUUGUCGGUUUUUUAAGGAUGCUUUGUGAGAAAUGGGUUUACAUUGAUGCAGAUGUUUACACACCUUUUAUGUACUUUGGUUAAAUUCUUGAACUUCUGUGAAAAGUGUACCUCAGUUCCUCCCUUUGUUUCACUACUGUAUGAAUAUGUGGUUGUGUGGGGUAGAACUGAUCAUCUUGAACUAGCUGACGGUAGAGCAGAGCUUGAGACGGUCAGCUCACACACAGUGUUUUAUUCUGAUUUCUGAAGAAAUGUUACUUUCAUUAAGUUAAAAGAUAAAAAUAUUUAAGCAAAACCCUCAAAAUGUUUUCUUCCGUGCCCAUGUAGCUGCCUCUGGAUGGUUUCCUUUGGUGUUGGAAUAAUGCACCUGUAAAAGUGUGUUUGACUAAUGACAGGUGGGUCACUUGUUUAACAUGCAACACUCGUCUAUGCAACUCUGCCUCCCUGGACAGACUGCGGAACAAUCCAGGCCUGGUUGGUUCUGGUUUAGUUCUCCCUGCUUCUCAUCCUGACAGGAACUUUACUGUACAACUGGACCUUGUUGUGCUCAGAUGACUUGACCUUUUAUUUCAACAGAUUUUACAGUCCUUGGUUGUUCAUAAUACUAAAGCCAUUUGCUUGAAUGAAAACGUUUGUUUUUUUCUAUUGCUGACUUUGUACAUAUCAGGGCUCUGUUUCAAUAAAGGUUGGAAAUACC